CAUACACAAGGAUUCAACCUUGGUGUGAUCAAAGCCAUGCCUACCAUGGCACUUUGGGCAAACACAGUGACUUUUGUACUUGUCAGUGUAAUAGCAUCAGCAGUUAGAGGGAAAGUGGAAAAAGAGCUGUCUGUGGAGUGCAGGGACUUCUUAUACCUGGGAGUGCCGCCGACAGGGCUGGAUCAUCAGUCUCUCCGGUUCAUUUGUCAGCGUUACAAUAAGAAGCCACGCUACGUGACACUUUACAACACCGUGGACCACAUACCUGUCUACUCGGCGUACACCUUCAAACGCUCAGAGGGUGAGAAAUGCGUGGAUGUACCAUGGAUGUAUGAACCCCAGCUGUCCUUGUCUUCUGACACAGAUGAAAUGCAGCCUUUCCCACAUGGCUACAUGCACAUGAAUUUUGAGGACACACAAGCAGUUCUGGAUGAUUACACAAAUGCUAUCCUAUAUGAGCGUGGCACCCUCAACCCUGAUGAGCAUCAGGAUGAACCUGAUGACAAAGCCUCCACCUACACCCUAACAAAUGUUGUUCCUAUGGUGCCCGACGUUAACAACAGAGUCUGGAACAAACAGGAGCACAUGAUCCGCAAACGGCUGAACAACUACUGCAGAGGAACUGCUUACAUAGUCACUGGUAUCACCACUUCAGGAAAGAUGAUCCGCCAGCAUAACAUCAACCGGGUUGCAGUGCCCACCUACUUGUGGUCAGCUUAUUGCUGCGUUGACUAUGACCACAACGCACCUUUUAAUGAACGCUUCAGGUUCCCAUCUUUUGCUCACUAUGUCCUCAACGAGGAGCAAAAUAAUGAGGUGGUGGAAAUCCCUGUCCAGACGCUGAAGGAGUUUCUUAAGAAAACCACUUUUGUAAAAAAGAACUUCCAGAUCUUUGUGGAUGACUGCAUUCCACCAGCAUCCAGUAAACAUGAAUAG